AGCUCUGGAGGCCAUGUUUACGCUGUGUACAUUUUUCGCGCUCUUCCUGGGCGCGGUCUACUGUCAGUUCCCGAGGUUAUGUACGACAAGUGCAGCUCUUCAGACAAAGACUUGCUGCCCACCGUGGAAGGAUCGCAGCCCCUGUGGAUCACGAUCUGGACGUGGCCAGUGCAGAGACGGUGUGGUUUUUACGCCCCUUGGCGCCCGCCAAGCUCGCCAGUUUUACGAUGACCGAUUGGAUUGGCCACGUUUUUACUACGACAGAACUUGUCAAUGCUUCGGAAACUACAUCGGCUAUAACUGCGGCCGGUGUAAAUAUGGAUACUACGGCGACAAGUGCAAUCGCAAAAAAAAAAUUGUGGUCCGGAGAGAGAUCCGCCAGCUCUCGUUUCUGGAAAGGAAGAGGUUUUUUAGUUACUUAGCGUUGGCCAAAACCACAAAAAGUGACGAUUUUGUCAUCCUGUCCACGGGGGACAGACACCACCGGGACACGUACCACUUCGUGAACGCCUCAAUUUACGAUGUCUUUGCCUGGAUCCAUUAUUACUCAAUGAAGCCCAUUCUACUCAACGGAACAUUUGAUUUUAGCAGAAACUACGCCCAUCAGGGUCCGGCCUUCCCCGGCUGGCAUCGUUUGGGUCUCGUGUUCUUGGAGGAGGAAAUUCAGCGCCUGACGGGUGAUGAAGAUUUCACCAUUCCUUACUAUGACUGGAGAGGAGAAAAGAACUGCUCCAUCUGCACCAAUGAAUUUCUUGGCGCAAGCAAUGCACAAGGCUUCCUGGACGAUGACUCCCACUUCGCAUUUUGGAAAUCUAUUUGCAGCGGGUUCAAUUAUGCUGAUGCCUAUUGCCAAACUGCUGGAGACGAGUGCCAGAUGGAGAGACUCCACAGGAAGCCGGGUUCAGAUCCCCGGGUCAAAAGUUUCCCCACCUUCCAGGAUGUAGAGGACACCCUGAAAUGGAGAGACUUCGAUAGAUUCCCCUACAAUGCUAGUGCACAGAGGAGCUUCCGGAACGCUUUAGAAGGUUUCCUGAGACCAUCGGAUGGGACAACACUGGAGCAAACUAUGCACAACGCGGUUCACCUUUAUUUUGGGGGAACGAUGUCUCAGGUCUCCAUCUCCGCCACCGACCCCAUAUUCCUGCUGCAUCACGGCUUCGUUGACAAGUUAUUCCAAGUAUGGCAGCAGAAAUAUAAAGCGACCCCAGCCGACUACCCAGAAAAUGAUGAGCCCGGACAGGGCCCCGAUGAAUGCUCCACCCCUUACUUUCCAUGUUAUAGGAACAAGGAUUUUCUGAGCAGUUCUACUGUGCUUGGAUAUGUGUACUCUAAGUACCAGGGGAUGUAAGGUAUCUCCCUUAAAGGGAAUG